UUGGGGGGAAUAAUCGGAGGUGGAAUGAUUGUAGACGCGAUUUCUGGAACGUAAUGAUCUGGUGUUUACGGCGGCGUAGGAUGAGAGGAGGGAGGCGCGAUCGUAAAUGAUUCAAGGAUCGGAAAGGAAAACGAUGAAAUGGGCAUCAUUGCUUAAGGACAUCAAGGAAAAGGUCGGUUUACCUCCUCAAUCUUCUACUGCUGCUUCCAUUGCUACCACAGUUGCUGCUUCUUCUUCUUCGUCUUCUUCUCCUCCUCCUUCCAAUCGUGAUGCCAAUGCUUUCUCAACUCAUUACGACUUCGCUUACUCCUCUUCUUCCAGAGACAAACAUGAAUUGGAAUUGGACUUUAAUAGAUUUUGGGAAGAGUUCUGCUCAUCCAAUUCUGAAAAGGAGAAAGAAAUGGCCUUGAGUUUGACUGUAGAUGCCUUUUGUAGAUUAGUCAAGCUGCACGCUAACGUAGCUCAAUUAGUCACCCAGUUAGUAGAAACACAUAUCUUCUCCUUCGUUGUGGGAAGAGCGUUUGUAACGAAUGUUGAAAAGUUAAAACUUAGCAGCAAAAUAAGAUCUUUGGAUGUAUCAAAAGUAAUACAGUUUUUCUCUGAAGUCACCAAGGAUGGCAUCAGUACCGGAUCAAAUUUGUUGACCGCCGUUGAAGUCCUUGUGUCUGGGCCUUUUGAUAAACAAGCUCUCCUUGAUUCUGGGAUAUUUUGCUGUCUCGUUCAAAUUCUGAAUGCACUUUUGAGUCUUGAUGAGGCUAAUCAGAAGCCAAAAAUUACUGAUUCUGAGGAAUCAUUGCCAGCUGAAAAGGAUUCAGUUGCUGAUGGACAAGCCUGCCGACUUGAGGUAGAAGGAAGCAUUGUGCAUAUUAUGAAAGCAUUAGCUGGUCAUCCUUCAGCAGCACAGAGUUUAAUUGAGGACGAUUCUCUGAUGUUGCUGUUUCAGACUGUUGCCAAUGGAUCUUUAACUGCUUUCUCAAGGUAUAAGGAAGGUUUUGUUUCAGUGCACGUCAUACAACUUCAUAGACAUGCUAUGCAGAUCCUUGGACUGCUUUUGGUCAAUGAUAAUGGAGGCACGGCCCAAUACAUACACAAACAUCAACUGAUAAGGGUUCUUCUAAUUGCUGUCAAAGAUUUUAAUCCAGAUUGUGGGGACCCUGCCUACACUGUUGGCAUUGUGGACUUGUUACUUGAAUGUGUGGAGUUGUCAUAUAGACCAGAGGCUGGUGAUCUCAGUCUUAGGGAAGAUAUACAUAAUGCCCAUGGUUAUCACUUCCUUGUUCAGUUUGCUCUAGUUCUUUCCUCCAUCCCACAGAAUCAAGGCAUUGAAUCUAUUUAUUUGAAGCACCAGGCUGACAAAGAUAGUGGUUCAAAUAGUGCUCAAGUUUUUGAGGACACAGCAGAAAAGGAUUCCGUAGGAAAGGAGGACUCUUCUUCUGAAAAUGUCUCACCCACUUUGAGUAGGCUACUUGAUAUUCUUGUUAACCUAGCUCAAACAGGUCCUCCUGAUGAAAAAAAAUCCAAAUACUCUCACACCAAGGCCGGUGGCCAUGGCAGAACCCAAACUUUAUCUACAGACAGUCUUGGUGAUGAAAUUUGGGAACAGGGAAAUACUAAAGUUAAAGACCUUGAAGCUGUCCAGAUGUUGCAAGAUAUUUUUCUCAAGGCAGAGAGCAGGGAUCUGCAGGCAGAAGUAUUAAACAGAAUGUUUAAAAUAUUUUCAAGUCAUCUUGAAAACUAUAAGUUGUGUCAGCAAGUGAGGACUGUUCCUCUCUUGAUCUUAAACAUGGCUGGAUUUCCUUCAUCAUUGCAAGAGAGAAUCUUGAAAAUUCUUGAAUAUGCUGUGACUGUAGUGAAUUGUGUUCCUGAACAGGAACUGCUGUCUCUAUGUUGCUUAUUACAGCAACCAAUUACAUCAGAGUUAAAGCUCACCAUCCUUUCUUUUUUUGUAAAGCUCCUCUCCUUUGACCAACUAUACAAGAAAGUCCUUAGAGAAGUAGGUGUGCUGGAAGUCUUGUUGGAUGGUUUGAAGCAACAUAAGUUUCUUUUAGGACAAAACCAACAUGAUGGUAAUGCCUAUCAGUUGGAGGAAAAAUCCAGCUCUAGCAGCUUGAAGAAGCACUUCGACAGUGAGGUUCUUAUUGUUACUUCACCCAAGUUUGUGGAAUCUGGUUCAGGGAAGUUUCCUAUUUUUGAAGCUGAGGAUACAAUCGCAAUUGCAUGGGACUGUAUGGUUUCCUUAGUGAAGGAUGCUGAAGCUAGCCAAGCUUCAUUCCGAUCUGCCAAUGGUCUGACCACUGUUCUCCCCUUCCUGGUGUCCAAUGUUCAUCGUGCUGGGGUCCUCCGGACAUUGUCAUGUUUGAUCACUGAAGAUAAUGUGCAGGGUCAUCCUGAAGAAUUAGGAGCCAUUAUUGAAGUUCUAAAGAGUGGAAUGGUUACAAGUUUUUCAGGACAUCAAUACAAGCUUCAAAGUGAUGCGAAAUGUGAUACAAUGGGAGCGUUGUGGCGCAUUCUAGGAGUAAAUAGUAAAGCUCAGAGAGUCUUUGGUGAAGCCAGUGGGUUUUCUCUUCUGCUGACCACCCUCCACAGUUUUCAGGGUCAUGAAGGACGCUCAGAAGAAUCUUCUUUGUUAGAUCACAUCAAAGUGUUCAAAUAUUUAUUGCGCCUUAUGACAGCUGCAGUGUGUGGUAAUGCCAUUAAUAGAACAAAGUUGCAUGCUAUCAUAUCAUCACAAACCUUUAAUGAUCUUCUCUCUGAGUCUCAGUUGCUGUGUGUGGAUUAUGAGAAGCAAGUGAUUCAGCUUUUGUUGGAACUUGCUCUUGAAAUUCUCCUUCCACCUUUUGUAACACCGGAGAGUGCCACAUCAGCAGAUAUGGCUGAAAAUAAGUUCACUAGUUUUUUGGUUAAUCCUGAUAAGGAACGAGUACACAAUGCUGGUGCCAUUAGAGCUCUGAUCCGUUCAUUGUUGCUUUUUACUCCUAAGGUGCAGUUAGAAGUGCUGAAUCUUAUUGAGAAGCUUGCUCGUUCUGGCCCCUUCAAUCUGGAAAAUCUCACCUCUGUAGGUUCUGUGGAACUUUUACUGGAGACAAUUCACCCCUUCCUUUCAGGCUCCUCACUCUUACUUUCUUGUGCUUUGAAGAUAGUUGAGGUUCUAGGGGCAUAUAGAUUGUCUGCAUCAGAACUCCGAACACUUUUAAGAUAUAUUCUACAAACGAGGCUGAUGAAAUCCGGUCAUACAGUUGUUGAUACGAUGGAUAGGUUAAUUCUCAUGGAAGAUAUGGUUUUGGAAAAUGUUUCUUUGGCUCCAUUUGUUGAAAUGGAGAUGAGCAAGGUUGGGCAUGGUUCUUUUCAGGUGUCUCUGGGAGAAAGAUCUUGGCCGCCUGCUGCUGGUUAUUCGUUUGUCUGUUGGUUUCAGUUUAAAAACUUCUUUAAAACACAAGUAAAAGAAACUGAGCCUGCCAAAUCAGGUCUUCCCAAGAAGAAAACUGGCUUAAAUGGGCAGCAUCAUGAUCAGCAUGUUCUCUGGAUAUUUUCUGUUGAUGCAGUUGAUGAUGACAGCACUUUCUAUGCUGAACUUUAUCUUCAAGAGGAUGGUGUUCUUACCCUUGCGACUAGCAACUCUUGCUCCUUAUCAUUUUCCGGAUUAGAACUGGAGGAAGGCCAGUGGCAUCAUCUUGCUAUUGUUCAUAGCAAACCAAAUGCUCUUGCUGGAUUAUUCCAAGCUAGUGUUGCUUAUGUUUAUCUUGAUGGGAAGCUAAUGCAAACGGGAAAAUUGGGAUAUUCACCCUCUCCCAUGGGAAAACCUUUGCAGGUAAAUAUUGGGACUCCAGUUACGUCUGCAAGGGUUAGAGACUUGACAUGGAGACUCCGCUCUUGCUAUCUUUUUGAGGAAGUGCUCACGCCAGGUUGUAUAUGUUUCAUGUACAUCCUUGGUAGGGGGUAUAGAGGGCUUUUCCAAGAUGCAGAUCUUCUUCGUUUUGUCCCCUACCAGGCUUGUGGGGGUGGUAGCAUGGCUAUCUUAGACUCCUUAGACGCUGACUUGUCUGUACCUCCUGGAACACAGAAGCUUGACAGUGCAAGUAAGCAGGGAGACCCUAAGGCAGAUGGAAGUGGAAUUGUUUGGGAUUUGGAUAGAUUAGGAAACCUUUCAUUCCAGAUCUCAGGUAAAAAGCUCAUAUUUGCAUUUGAUGGAACUUGUACGGAGGCUGUUCGAGCAUCUGGGUCAUCUUACAUGCUCAAUCUGGUUGAUCCCCUGUCAGCUGCUGCUUCUCCCAUUGGAGGUAUACCACGGUUUGGACGACUUCAUGGGGAUAUCUAUAUCUGUAGGCAAAUUGUUAUCGGUGAUACUAUCCGCUCUGUUGGUGGGAUGUCUGUCAUUUUGGCCCUUGUUGAGGCAGCUGAGACUAGGGAUAUGCUCCAUAUGGCCUUGUCCCUUCUUUCUUGUGCACUUCAUCACAACCCUCAAAACAUAAAAGACAUGCAAACAUACAAAGGAUACCAUUUGCUAGCUCUAUUUCUGCGUCAAAGGAUGUCAUUAUUUGAUAUGCAGUGUCUUGAUAUAUUUUUACAGAUAGCUGCAUGUGAAGCUUCAUUUUCCGAACCAAGUAAAUUGGAAUGUAUUCAAACUUUUGCAUUACCUACUGACACAAUUCAUGAAACUAGCUUUGAGGAUCUUAAUCUCUCAAAGUUCCGUGAUAAAACAUCUUCAGGUGGAAAUCAAUUUGACAUGGAUGAUUUUUCUUCCCUGAAGGAUUCGUUCAGUCAUACUUCAGAGCUAGAAAAUGCUGAUCUGCCAGCUGAAACUUCAAAUUGCAUUGUCUUGUCAAAUGCAAAUAUGGUAGAACAUGUUUUGCUGGACUGGACACUGUGGGUAACUUCCCCAGUUCCCAUUCAAAUUGCACUGUUAAAUUUUCUAGAGCAACUUGUGUCUGUUCAUUGGUAUAGGAAUCACAACCUUACAGUUCUUCGUCAAAUCAACCUUGUUCAACACUUAUUGGUGACUUUGCAGCGCGGUGAUGUUGAAGUUCCUGUUUUGGAAAAAUUAGUUGCAGUCCUUGGGGUUAUAUUGGAAGAUGGGUUCCUGGCGUCUGAACUUGAAAACGUGAUUAGGUUUGUUAUUAUGUCAUUUGAUCCACCUGAGAUGAAACCACAUCAUCAAAUAAUGCGUGAGCCCAUGGGGAAGCAUGUUAUAGUUAGGAAUUUGCUUCUGGAGAUGCUUGUGGAUCUUCAAAUUACCAUCAAAUCAGAAGAAAUGCUUGAACAGUGGCAUAGAAUUGUUUCUUCUAAAUUAUUGACUUAUCUUCUUGAUGAUGCUGUUCAUCCUACUAGUAUGAGAUGGAUCAUGACUCUCCUCGGUGUACGUCUGGCUUCUUCUCCCACUUUUGCUCUUAAAUUCCGCACUAGUGGAGGUUAUCAAGGCCUUAUGCGUGUGCUUCCUAGUUUUUAUGAUUCUCCUGAUAUAUAUUAUAUCUUAUUCUGCCUCAUAUUUGGGAAGCCAGUUUAUCCAAGAUUGCCAGAAGUUCGUAUGCUGGACUUCCAUGCACUCAUGCCAAGUGAUGGGGGUCAUGUGGAGUUGAAAUUUAUAGAACUAUUGGAAUCUAUAAUUGCUAUGGCAAAAUCCACCUUUGAUAGGCUGAGCAUGCAGUCAAUAAUUGCUUGCCAAACAGGAAUUUUUUUCCAACUUGCGGCAGAACUGGAGGAAAAUGCAGACAUGACUGCGGAGCUUCAGGGUGAAGCUCUCAUGCACAAGACAUAUGCUGCACGCCUAAUGGGUGGGGAUGCAUCUGCUCCUGCUGCUACAACUGCAGUUCUGAGAUUCAUGGUUGAUUUGGCAAAGAUGUGUCCUGCCUUUUCAGCUGUUUGCAGACGGACAGAAUUUCUAGAAUGUUGUGUUGACCUCUAUUUUUCUUGUGUUAGGUCUGGUCACACAGUGAAGAUGGCAAGAGAGCGUUCAAAAGAGACAGAAGAGAAGAAUUUGAAAGAUUGUGAUGAUGCUAGUUCACAAAAUGCGCCCUCUAGAUUCCCUGUGGAGCAGGAACAGUCUGACAAAACUUCUAUUAGUGCUGGAAGCUUCCCUCAAGCUUCAACUUCUAAAGAUAUGCUUGUCUCUUCAAAUUUCAGUGCUGAAGAUAAAGAAGAGAUGAAACCUAAUACAUCCCAAGAGGAAUCGAAGAAAUCAUUGCAGGAAGAUGUCCAAGUUACUCAGAGCAAAGAUGGUGAUAGUGUCAAUCAGGUUACUGCCUCAAGCACAAAUGAGUUCACCUGCCAUAAUACCGACAAUCUGGCUAUUCAACCACCAGAUUCACAGAGUUCUGUAGCUCUUGCUAGUCCAGAUUCUUGUAUUUGCUCUGAGAAAUUAAAUCCCAAAAGCCCCCUCUCUCCUUCUCCUUCUCCAUCUCCCAUUAUUGCUCUGACUUCGUGGUUAAGUUCAACUUCAAACCAUAAUGAAUCCAAAAAUCCCAUGGAGCCUUCUACGUCUACAAGUGUUGAUCAAUCCUCUGACUUGAAGUCUGGUUCUCCAGGAUCAACAAGUACAAAUACUGCCUUUCCAGUUAUUCCAAAGCUUCUUCUGGAAAUGGAUGAUUCUGGCUAUGGUGGUGGCCCUUGUUCAGCUGGGGCAGCUGCUAUGUUGGAUUUUAUAGCUGAAGUACUGGCUAACCUUUUAACAGAGCAAAUAAAAGCAGCACAAUUUGUGGAGAGCAUCUUGGAAAUGGUUCCACUAUAUGUUGAAGCUGAAUCUAUGAUGGUUUUUCAAGGUUUAUUUCUAAGCAGACUAAUGAACUUCAUUGAAAGGCGUCUCUUGCAUGACGAUGAAGAAGAAGAGAAAAAGUUAGAUAAGACCAAAUGGUCCUCAAACUUAGAUGCAUUAUGCUGGAUGAUUGUUGAUCGUGUUUACAUGGGCGCUUUCCCUCAACCUGCUGGUGUACUGAAAACUCUAGAAUUCUUGUUAUCAAUGUUGCAAUUAGCAAACAAAGAUGGUCGAAUUGAAGAUGCAGCUCCUACUGGAAAGGGUCUUUUGUCUAUUACAAGAGGUAGCAGACAACUUGAGGCUUACGUACAUUCAGUUCUUAAGAAUACAAAUAGGAUGAUACUGUACUGCUUCCUACCAUCAUUCCUGAUUAGCAUAGGGGAAGAAGAUCUCGUUUCCUCCUUCGGUCUACUAACAGAACCUACGCAAAGAUCACUCACAAACUCUUCACAAGAUGAUCCAGGAAUUGAUAUCAGCAAGGUUUUGCAGUUAUUAGUUGCUCACCGACAAAUAAUAUUCUGUCCAACCAAUCUUGAUAUUGAUCUAAAUUGCUGUCUUUGUGUAAAUUUAAUUUAUCUUAUUCGUGACCAAAGGCGAAAUGUACAGAACCUGGCAAUUGAUGUUGUCAAGUAUUUACUGGUUCAUCGAAAAUCUUCUCUGGAAGACCUGCUUGUCUCCAAACCUAACAAAGGACAGCGCCUAGAUGUACUGCAUGGUGGUUUUGACAAAUUGUUGACUGGAAACUUAUCUUCUUUCUUUGACUGGCUUCGGACAUCUGAAGAGAUGAUAAAUAAAGUACUGGAGCAAUGUGCAGCCAUAAUGUGGGAGCAGUAUGUUUCUGGCUCAGCAAAAUUUCCUGGAGUAAGAAUCAAAGGCAUGGAGGGCCGUCGUAAGAGGGAAAUGGGAAGAAGAUCACGAGAUACUUCAAAGUUUGAACAAAAACACUGGGAGCAAGCAACUGAAAGGAGAUAUGCAGUGGAGAGGCUUCGUGAUACAAUGUCUACCGAGUUGAGAGUUGUCCGUCAGGAUAAGUAUGGGUGGGUUCUCCAUGCUGAAAGCGAAUGGCAAACCCAUCUCCAACAACUUCUACAUGAACGAGGAAUAUUCCCAAUCCGUAAACCCUCUGCUUCUAAAGAUCCUGAAUGGCAACUUUGCCCCAUUGAGGGUCCAUACAGGAUGCGCAAAAAGCUUGAGUGCUGUAAAUUAAGAAUUAACAGUAUCCAAAAUGUUCUUGAUGGGCAUUUGGAAUUAAGUGAGAUGGAGCUUUCCAAGAUAAAAAAUGAGGAUGGUCCAGAUGUUUCUGAUUCUGGUUCCAAAGCUAUUUUCAAUCUUUUGAAUGAAAUUGAACUAUAUGAUGAAUCAUUGUAUAAAGGAUCAGAUGACGCGAAGGAUGUAACUUCUGUUAAAAAUGGCUGGAAUGAUGACAAAGCUAGCAGUGUAACUGAAGCUAGUCUUCACUCAGCUCUUGAGUAUGGUGCAAAAUCUAGUGCAGUUUCUGUUCCUAUGUCGGAAAGCAUACCAGGAAGAUCUGAAGCUGAAUUUCCUGGGCUGUCACCUUCUGUUAGGAUUGAUGAAAUCAAAGUUACUGAGGAUAAAUUAGAUAAGGCGCUGCAAAAUGAUAGUGAAUAUUUAAUCAGACCUUAUUUAGAACAACAGGAAAAGAUUCGAUUCAGAUAUAACUGUGAGCGAGUAGUUGGUCUGGACAAACAUGAUGGUAUAUUUCUGAUAGGGGAACUUUGUUUAUAUGUAAUAGAGAACUUUUACAUUGAUGAUACUGGCUGCAUAUGUGAGAAGGAAUGUGAAGAUGAGCUCUCUGUUAUUGAUCAGGCAUUGGGUGUUAAGAAGGAUGUUACUGGCAGUAUGGAUUGCCUAUCAAAAGCAACUUUAUCCUGGGGCACAACACCAAAGGCAUUGAUAGGGGGAAGAGCCUGGGCCUACAAUGGUGGUGCAUGGGGAAAGGAGAAAGUGGUUGCCAGUGGUAAUUUACCUCACCCUUGGCGUAUGUGGAAGCUUGAUAGCAUUCAUGAGAUUUUAAAGCGUGAUUACCAGCUACGUCCUGUUGCUGUUGAGUUGUUUAGCAUGGACGGAUAUAAUGAUCUCCUGGUGUUUCACAAAAGAGAAAGAGAUGAAGUAUACAAAAAUCUGGUUGCCGUGAAUCUGCCAAGGAACAGCAUGUUGGACACAACAAUUUCAGGAUCAACAAAACAGGAAAUCAAUGAGGGUGGUCGUCUCUUUAAAAUAACAGCUAAAUCUUUCUCAAAGAGAUGGCAAAGUGGAGAAAUCAGCAAUUUCCAGUACCUCAUGCAUCUCAAUACCUUGGCAGGACGUGGAUAUAGCGAUCUUACUCAAUACCCAGUCUUCCCAUGGGUUCUUGCUAAUUAUGAGAGUGAAAAUCUGGACUUGUCAGAUCCCAAAACCUUCCGCAAACUUGAAAAACCAAUGGGCUGUCAGACACCAGAAGGGGAAGAGGAAUUUAAGACCAGAUAUGAGAGCUGGGAUGACCCAGAGGUCCCAAAAUUUCAUUAUGGUUCUCACUAUUCUAGUGCUGGCAUUGUUCUCUUUUAUCUCCUUCGCUUGCCACCAUUCAGUGCGGAAAACCAGAAGCUACAGGGUGGCCAGUUCGAUCAUGCUGAUCGUCUUUUCAGUAGCAUAAGAGACACUUGGUUGAGUGCUGCUGGGAAGGGUAACACAUCAGAUGUGAAAGAACUGAUCCCAGAAUUCUUCUACAUGCCUGAGUUUUUGGAAAAUCGCUUCAGUCUUGACUUGGGUGAGAAACAGUCAGGGGAAAAGGUUGAUGACGUUCACCUUCCUCCUUGGGCUAAAGGAAGUGCUAGAGAGUUCAUUCGGAUGCAUAGAGAGGCCUUAGAAUCCGAUUUUGUUUCGGAAAAUCUUCACCAUUGGAUAGACCUCAUUUUUGGAUAUAAACAAAGGGGGAAGGCUGCUGAAAAAGCUGCUAAUGUUUUCUACCACUACACAUAUGAAGGGAGCGUGGACAUAGAUGCAGUUACAGAUCCUUCAAUGAAAGCUUCCAUUCUAGCUCAGAUCAAUCAUUUUGGACAGACACCUAAGCAACUAUUCCUGAAACCACACGUGAAAAGGCGGUCUGAUAGAAAGCUUCCUCCUCAUCCACUGAAGAAUUCAACUCUUCUUGUUCCACACGAAAUACGGAAAAGCUCUUAUUCCAUUACUCAGAUUGUCACUUUCCAAGAGAAAGUUCUUAUUGGGAAGGCAAACACUAAGCUUAAACCUCGAAUGUAUGCCAAAUAUGUCGCAUGGGAUUUCCCUGAUCUCAGCUUGAGAUUUUUGAGUUUUGACCAAGACCGACUCCUUUCAACACAUGAGAAUCUUCAUUUAGGAAACCAAACUCAGUGUGCUGGUUUUAGCCAUGAUGGUCACAUUUUGGUUACUGGCGCUGAAGAUGGUCUAGUUUAUGUUUGGAAAAUCAGCGAGGAGCAUCCGCGUGCCUCCAGUCGUUUGAUGUUAGAGAAAGUGCUUUGUGCUCACAGAUCCAAAAUCACAUGUCUUCAUGUCAAUCAGCCUUAUAUGUUGAUCGUGAGCGGAUCAGAAGACUGCACUGUUAUCAUAUGGGACCUCAGCUCCUUACGAUUCGUUAGGCAACUUCCCGAAUUCCCAACAUCAGUUUCUGCAGUCUAUGUGAAUGAUUUAACUGGUGAAAUUAUGACUGCUGCUGGAACUCUAUUUGCUGUUUGGAGCAUCAAUGGAUGCUGUCUAGCAGUAAUUAGCACAUCCCAGGUGCCAUCUGAUUAUAUAAUCUCUGUGACAAGUUCAACCUUCUCUGAUUGGCUGGACACAAACUGGUAUGUAACAGGUCACCACGAUGGGGCUGUUAAGGUCUGGCAUAUGGUUCACUGUACUGACAUAGAGACGAUAAGUAAUUCGACUAGCGUUGGAACCACAGGAGGGUUGCCUUUGGACAAGUCACCAGAAUACAGAUUGCUCCUCCACAAGGUAUUGACGUUUCAUAAGCACCCUGUUACUUCCCUUUUCUUAACUACUGAUUUGAAGCAGUUGCUGAGUGGUGAUUCUGGUGGCCAUUUGCUGUCGUGGUCGUUACCGCCCUGA